CUUCUACCAGUUCAAUUCAGGACGUCAUAAAGUUUGGGUAUAAAGGAGAGUGGGCGUUGUGUUUUGGUAUUUUCCAAUUGUUGAGACAUUUUAAAAUGGUGCUGCAAUCGAAAUCGGGAGUGAAAGAUGCUUCUCGUCUGAAAGCUGGCCAUCCUCCUGCAGUGAUGGCUGGGGGGAAGCGAGUGGCCAAGAAGGCCUUUGAAGACGGUCAUGGGAUUUCUGAAAGGGAGACUAAGAGGACGGAUAAACCAAGGUCCCUCGCCCUCUACAGCAGAACCCACCAAGUCAGCAUUCUGCUGGCCGGGACCCUUGGCAAGAUGGGUCAUGAGUUCCCAGAGACCCAGGUGAGCGUGAGACACGCCAAGGUGCGUCCGGCAGCGGAGAAGACCCACGCUCUGAGGAGCUUCGGCAUCCAACAGCCCAGGAAGUGUUGCAGUAGCAAUAGCAGGGGGUUCUUCUAACUCGUGUCCCUGACGGGAGUAGUGACAGUAUGGUGGACUGUGAACGGGGGGGGGGGGGGGUGAUUGAGGCCACAAUGGCGAGCCCUAGUAGGCCGUUUUGUCUGGUCGACGUAAGCUCUAUUAUGUAGCGUGUAAUGCUGAAGCUGCACUUGCAGGGGCUUGUCUAGAAAAACAUGUACCAUUGUUUAAUGUACAAUUUGUUGUUUGCAUUUGACUAAAAAGAACGUAGGCGUUAUGUAUAGUUAAACGCAUGGCUAUGUAGUGCGACUUUUCUACACUUUUAUGUGUAACUGCAUAGCACUUAAUAAUGGCUUGAAUAAACUCACUUGGCUUUA